AUGCCGGGGAUAAUAAGAUCAGCAAGUCGUCCACCAAGACAAUUUUCAAAUCCCAAAGACCCCGGCGGUCACAAUGAUGAUGACAAUCAAAGCGACAGCAGCGGCAGCAGUCACCAAAACCACCGGUGCUGCAGCAGUAGCAGUACCCAGCAACAACAUGAUAGUUAUUAUACGUUAGACCUGCCGUACACGGCAUACCGCGGAGCCUUCCUCGGAGGUCAUUACCGACUACACCAACUACGCCUACAGACCGAGUUCCUCGACAUCUUCUCCGUCGUGUGCCUCUGCGGGCGCGUCUUUGAGGCCCAGGCCUUUUCGCUCUCGCUGGGCGCCGACGCCCCGGAGCGCGGCCUGCCCCUGCCCAAGCAGCUCAUGGACUCGCGCCGGCGCCGCAUGAAGCGCAUCUACCGCUCCGACAACUUUGUCGACGUCUUUGAGGACUCGGGCAAGCGCUUUCUCGUCUCCAAGGUCGACCGGACCGAGAAGGAGUGGCGCGACGUCUGUGAUCAGGUCAUCUGCCGCGACGUCGACUAUGCCGCCGAUUUGCCCGCGAGGCUCGUCGGGGGCCGACGGCUGCAGAAGCGUGGUCGCCAUCAUGGUGGUGGUGGUGCCUGUUGCGAAAUAGACCGCCGCCUUGGGUCUACCUCCGCAGAUGUGAGUAUCUCUCUCUGCCUAGUUGAUGAUAAAGCUGACUUGUCAGAUGUAUACUCGUACCGAUGUGUACCCAUCUACAAUGCGGCACGAUGA